AUGUUCUUUGACUCCAAUGGCACAGGUUUGGAGUUGGUCGUUGCUAGGGCGGCCUGUGGGGGAAGCGCUUGCAGCUCACAGGGGCCCAGCUCAACCGAUCCCAACGGGGUCCGGACCGCUUCCCAGUGCGAGGGACUGGCCUCACCGCGGCGCCGCCUCCCCACGAGGCCCGUCGCGCCCUGGGCGCGCGGCGUGGUCCUGCGCGCCCGGUUCGGGGUGAGGGCGCGGCCGGGAGCGCAGCGCAGGCCAGCGGGCCGGGGCAGCGGGGCAUGCGGGCAGGGUAGCCUGGAAGCGCUGGGGCUGUGGGAGCAGCAGCUGGUGCCAGUGACGUUUGAGGACGUGGUGGUCUAUUUCUCCCCGGAGGAGUGGGCGGCGUUAGCGGAAUGGCAGAGGGAUUUGUACCGGGACGUGAUAAUGGAGAAUUACGAGCUGGUGGCAUCUUUGGGCUCUGCGGGUCCCAGGCCCAAAGCAUCGGCUAGAAAAGCAAAGCGAGAGAAGGUGCUGUAUGUCUGGGACCAUCAGUACUCGAGAGCGAAAGUCCUGAUGCUUCCAGCACAGGGGAACGACACCCCCAACCUGGAGCCGGUGACCUUCGAGGAGGUGGCGGUCUAUCUCACCACCGAGGAGUGGAAGGAGCUGAAGGACUGGCAGCGGGAGCUGUAUCAGGACGUGAUGAAGGAGAAUUACGAGCUGAUCACCUCUGUGGGAAACACCGUGGAGAAACCAGAGAUUGUCUCUAGGCUGGAGCGCGGGGAAGAGCCGUACGACCCCAGAGAGAGACACAUUCCUGGUCCCCACGGCAUGGGAGGUGGUGAGACCCAGGGGGCUGAGGAGGAGACAACACGUCAUGAGGAAGAGGCGGCAGGGCUGGACCCGAGCGAGAUGCUAAUGGAGAGAGACGCGGCGGGAGUUUCCUUGGGCUCAGCUGGGACCAGAGCCAGCGCGAGUCGAAGUCAGCACAAAGGGCACCCGGGCCAGGGGAGGCCUGUGGGGAACGGACAGGAUGAAGCCCUGUGGGGCGAGCGGCAGGCCAGACACUGCCCAGCCAGUGCUGAGCCCCAGAGCAAUGGGGCCUCAGAGCGACCCUGCCCAGAGCCUGAGAACCAGGGGGGCAGCGUGGGGACGGGAGCUGUGCCUCUAACCCCCAUUGCAGAGGGGCUGUGUGUGGGGAGCAUUGGGCAGGGUGGGAAGCCAACAAUGGCACACGUUGCCCCUGGGGGAGGGCGGCCCUACAAGUGUGGGGAGUGUGGGAAGGGCUUUGGCAGCCAGGCCUCCCUGGCCAAGCACCGGCGGCAGCACGCUGGGGUGGGCGCCUGUGCCUGCAGCCAGUGUGGCAAAGCCUUCAGCAACAAGGGCAACCUCCUGCGGCACCUGAAGCUGCACAGCGAGGAGAAGCCAUACGGCUGCGCUGAGUGUGGGCGGCGCUUCCGCACCAAGCAGACCUUCCUGGCGCACCAGCGCGUGCACACUGGGGAGAAGCCCUUCGCCUGCCGCCAGUGCGGGCGGAGCUUCACGCGCAAGGAGAACCUCGUGCGCCACCAGGAGACCCACGUGCACAAAGAGCCUCACACUUGCUCCGAGUGCGGCAAGAGCUUCCUGCACGAGGGCUCGCUGCUCCUGCACCGCCGUGCCCACUCUGGGGCCCAGCCCUUCCCCUGCGCCCACUGCAGCAAGAGCUUCAACUGGAAGACGAACCUCACCACCCACCUGCGCAGCCACACUGGGGAGCAGCCCUCCGCCUGCCACCAGUGUGGCCAGCGUUUCGGCGACCGUGGAGACCUGCUGCGACACCAGAGGGCCCAUGUGGGCGGUGGACUGCCGACAGGCUAUGGCAAUGGGGAGACAUUCAGCGAGUUCCUCCAGAUCCACGAGAUGCUGAUCUCCCGCACACACACCCGCAAGCCCCUCGGUGCCCUCACCAAGUACAAAUGAAACCUGGCUGCAGUGGCUCUGCCAGCAUGGGAGCAGGGGAGGAUGCCCCAUCUCCCAGCACGUGGCAGGAUAGAUGACCCUGCCAAUGCAGGUACGCCAGCAGGGUUACAGCCUGGCUGGGGGGUGACGCCCUGGU